AGUGGCCGCUAUUUAUCAUCUGUGUGAUUACGCUUGGAAAUGUUUUACCGCUUGGUGCUCAAGGAACCCUUAGGAUUUUACCACGCUGUCGUCUGCAUAUGUAUAUAUAUAAACUGACCCUCACACAUACGUACACGCAUACAAACACACACACACAUACAUACAUACAUACUUACAAACACAUACAUACAUGUAAACAAACACAUAUUCACACGUUUAGGAAAUCACACACACGCAAACACAUGUAUGUAUAUAUUACAGUAUAUAAAAAAUAUAGUGUAAUAUAUGAAACGUAUUUAGAUAACACACAUACAUAACACUACAUACAUACAUAUAUAUAUCCACUACAUAAAGACAUUCAAACUAGAAGAGGGUAUUUCUACAUUCAACGUACAACGAUUGUUGUUGCUGUUUUUUCUUCUCUCUAUCUUCCCCCUCUCUCUGUUUGUGUAUCUUUCUCUCUUUCUCCUCUCUUCCUCACCGUCUUCCCCCCUCCGGUUUGUUAACAGAAACGAACGGUUGCGACCAAGUGGAUCGUUGUUUCCAGGGAUGACAUGCAUGGUAAUGUUAAUAAAUCCAGUUUAUCCUCCACUGGUCUAGCACCAGUGCCGGUGCCAGCCACUGCCAUAAUUACCAAGAGCUCCCAUCACAAUCCUUUAAACUCACAGCGCCGACUCAUCAAAACUAUGGUGUCCGGAUGGGUAGCCUCCAUGGACAAACGGCCUGGAGACAGGACUGGAGAGGAUUUAGAUUUAAUUUACUGUCGUCUCAAAGAAAUUCAAGCAUUUGAUAAAUUUCACCCAAUGCUCUUACAUCAGAUCUGCAUUGUUGGUUACUAUGAGGACCUGGAGAAAGGUGUUACCUUGUUCCGGCAAGGAGACAUCGGAACUAAUUGGUACACUGUCGUAUCUGGCACCCUGGAGGUUUAUCUUUCAGAUACAGGAGACCAAAAGGAUCUUGUGACACUAUGCACUCUUGGUACUGGCACCACAUUUGGAGAGUCAGUUCUCACAGACAAACCCAGACAUGCCACCGUUGUAACAAGUGAUUUUUGUGAAUUAAUACGUGUUGAACAAAAAGAUUUUAAAAUAUUAUGGGAGAGGAACAAGCAGCUAAUGGAAGGUGUGAUAACACCAUUAAGUUCCUUAAAGACUGAAAGAUCUGAAAUUCUCAAGUCCCAUGGCAAAUAUUCACGGGAUGCAUCUGUUCUCAGCCAGAAAUUUGAUAAUAUGUCCUUGCCAAAUUGUGUUUCUCCUAUUGUGGAUGAACCCUCUGAAAGUAUGUUUCAUGCCAAGGAAAUUCUUCGAACUGUGAUAAUGAUUCAGGCACCACAUAUCAUCCGAGAUCGGAAAUACCAUUUGCGUACAUACCGCCAAUGUAUGGUUGGUACCGAGAUGGUGGACUGGUUGAUGCAGUACAGCGCUUUAGUAUUAACCCGUGUUCAGGCAGUUGGUAUGUGGCAGGUCCUACUUGAAGAAGGGGUCAUUGCACAUGUUUGUCAGGAACACCCAUUUAAAGACAAGUAUCUCUUCUAUCGCUUCAUUGAUUCUCGUUCUGAUUGUGCUCCGACUCCUCCAACAAUGGAACUUAAACACUACGAGGAAGAAUUAGCAGAUGUCUUGAAAAUGUUGUCUCAGAUCGGUCCUGAUGCCAUAAUGAGAAUGAUUCUUCGGAAACCGUCCCGGGAACGAACAGCUGAGGACUUGGAAAUUAUCUACGAGGAAUUACUUCAUAUAAAAGCACUGUCUCACCUCUCCACAAUGGUCAAACGUGAACUGGCUAGUGUUUUAGUGUUUGAAUCUCACAGCAAGAAGGGGACUGUUUUAUUCCGGCAGGGGGAUGAAGGUAAAUCAUGGUACAUUAUACUGAAAGGUUCUGUCAAUGUUUCCAUAUAUGGUAAGGGAACAGUGUGCCAGUUACAGGAAGGUGAUGACUUUGGGAAGCUGGCUUUAGUUAAUGAUGCUCCUAGGUCUGCCACGAUAUUCCUGUGUGAAGAUAACUGUCAUUUUCUACGGGUUGAUAAAGAUGACUUUAACAGAAUUCUUCGAGAUGUUGAAGCUAACACAGUCCGCUUAAAUGAACAUGGUCAAGAUGUGUUGGUGUUGGAGAAAAUGCCAACUAACAUACAGGCACAAGAUGGAUCAAUACAGUCACACUAUAAAUAUUCUGUCAUGGCUGGAACACCCGAAAAAAUAUUGGAACAUCUACUGGAAACUCGAAUGGAGAAAACAGAUUCGUAUGACCACUUCUUGGAAAGCUUCCUACUUACUCAUGUGAUAUUCAUGCCAACCAAAAAGCUAUGCCCAGCUCUCAGAAUGCACUAUGAAGCAACAGCUGGUGCCAAACACGAGAGCCACGACAUCACAGUCAGCCAUAAAUGCCGCGUUAUCCAGUUUGUGCAAGAAUGGCAGAGUAUAUCAGGAGAUGAGUUUCUGGAGGAUAACACUAUCAGUGCCUUUCUUAAAGAACUUCACCAGGCCUUAACCAGGGACUGUGUGGAAUAUCCGGAGCUGAAGAAUGAUUUGAUAGUCAUUGAACACAUGAUACAGCUCAGAGCAAGUAAUGUUUGUACAGACCCUGCAAAAUACUCAGUGAAGAAACGACUCACACCUAAUGUAACCCUGGCUCGGAAAGGCUCAAAUGAGAAUUUAAUAGAUGACAGUAAAUUCAGGAGAGGACCAAUUAAGGCUACUGAUGAAACCAUCUUUCGUGUGUAUUGUGCUGACCACAGCUACUGUACCCUCCGUGUUCCCAUGACAACCACAGUGUCCCACAUCAUUGCCCAAGCUCAGGAAAAACUUUCUCUAGGUGAAGAUUUGGUACUAUGUGAGGUGAAGUCAAAUGGAGAACGCAUUUUAUUCAGAGAGAAUGACUUGGGCAUUGUUAACAGUCUAAGUCUAAAUGGACGUCUUUUUUUAACACCACGGGAACAUUUAGAUGCAGUGACUCCUUUGCCAGAACAGGAUGAUAUUCUCUCUGGAACAGCAUCAUCUUUGGAACUUGUUGGGUCACAAGAAUUAGCUUAUCAUAUGACAAUUUAUGAUUGGGAACUUUUCACUUCGGUUCCUGAGUAUGAACUGAUAUAUCAAGUAUUUGGAAGAUACAAGUUUGCAAAAAUGACGGCCAACCUGGAUCUCUUCUUAAGACGCUUUAAUGAAGUCCAGUAUUGGGUUGUUACUGAAAUCCUCUUAACGCAAAAUCUCAACAAACGUGUUCAUCUUUUGCGUAAAUUCAUCAAACUAGCUUCAUAUUGUAAAGAAUAUCAAAACAUGAGCAGUUUUUUCGCCAUUGUAUUAGGUCUAAGUAAUAUUGCAGUAAGCAGAUUAUCUCAAACAUGGGAGAAACUUCCAGGAAAGUUAAAAAAGAUGUUUUCAGAGUUUGAAACCAUUAUGGACCCUUCUCGGAACCAUCGUGUCUACAGACUGUCCAUUUCAAAGAUGCGUCCGCCGAUCAUUCCAUUCAUGCCUCUAAUGAUGAAAGACAUGACAUUCACUCAUGAAGGGAAUAAAACAUACUAUGAUGGCCUGGUGAACUUUGAGAAAAUGCAUAUGAUUGCUCAGACAUUGAGAACUGUAAGAUGCUGCCGAAGUAUGCCAUUAAAUCUGGAUAUACCAAGCAGUUCUGUGAAACCACCUUUUGAAGUUAAGACUUACGUAAGAAAUUUGUGUGUUAUGGACAAUCAACGAACAUUAACACAACUCUCCCACAAACUUGAACCAAGACGAACAUAACAUUGGUUAAACUGAAGUGAUUCAAUCUGCAGAGAACUUCUGAAUUUCAAUCACAGGUGACUAACUAUCUUAUCUUUACAGUUUAUAAAUUUCUACCACAGACAACUGGACAUCCCAAUUUCAUGGUUCCUGGUUUCUACCACAGAGGACUGGAUAUCUUAACUUCAUGGUUCUUGGUUUCUACCACAGUUGACUGGAUAUCAUAACUCCGCAGUUCCUGAAUUUCUCUCACAGAUGACAGGAUAUCUUAACUUCAUGGUUCCUGAUUUCUACCACAGAUGACUGGAUAUCUCAACUUCACAACGACAAGCUCACUGAUAUCUGGUGACACAGGAAAGAAAUAAACCAGUAACAGAAAAUUUUCUGCAUUUUCUCUACAAACAUCUUUCUAGAUAUUAAUAUGGUUUUAGGAAUCAGAGAGAGAGAGAGAGAAAGAAAGAAAGAAUGCAAAGAAACCAAUUUGAAUUCCAGAGAAAUCAAAGUGAAUCUCCUAUAUGCAACAGUUUUCAGUGGAGGUGCUUUCUUCUGUGAAAGAUUAAGAUUGAAAGCUUGAAUCAAAAAAUGCCAUUUUCUUGAUAUCGGCAAAUAUUUAAUUGACUUUACCACUUCAUUCCACAGAAAUAACAGUUCAUAUCAUGAAACAACAGUGAUACGUAUGUGAAAAGAGAAUGUAACUAUAUUUUUUAUCUGUGAGACAAAAAUGCUACACUGUGUUAGGCACUAAAAGUCUGACAACUCUAUAGUGAACCCAGUGACAUAAAGCUGGUCAUCAUAUGGCUAUUUUUUGACCAAUCAAUGUCUCUUGUAAGCCAUUCACUUCAUGGAUCUUUCAAAGUUUACAACCAAAUAUGUCAGGGUCGACGAAUCUAUGGGAAUAUGUUCAUUCUAGUAUUUUUUUAUAAUUACUCAAUUCAUGCAAGGCUAUGUAAUUGUUUUUGUUAAUUGGAUUCCUGUAAAUUAGUUUUGGCAUUGGUUAUAGAGUUCUCUCUCAUAUUAUCAGUGUUUAUUGAAAUGUUUUGCACUACAUUAACUAACACUACAGACAUACCUCCAAUGGUGUAUCAGGUGCUGGUAUGUUAACCAAUAUCAGACACACCACUGAUACCACAGAUAUACACUACUACAUUAACCACUGUUUCACAUGACCGAUAGGCCACUGAUUCACACCUCACAUUAACCAACACUAUACAGACACACCACUGUUUCACACAGCUCUAUAUACUACUACACAACAGAAUGUGCAAUGUGACUUCAGGGAAAGAUGACUCCUGUUAUAUUUCAUCCUUAAAUGGGGACCACAUAUUUUAUGUAGUAAAAUUACCACAAUAUAUGAUGGUCAGCUAUUGCUAGAAACUGGCCAAGUGCUUGAAGUUGAAUUCAAUAUUAUAAACCCCUUAUAAACUACAGAUGUUGCUCCAAAGUCUAUAAUUAGGGACAUCCUUGUCAACAGUAUGACCAAUAUUGCUAUUCACCACUAUUGCCAACAACAACAACAAUUGUUGUUGUAAGUCUGCCGUAGUCAGUUGUUUGUUAGCCUUUUUUAACACUUUCCCUCAAUGUUUUAUAUAUGCUGUUAUAUCUAUCACGGCCCCUCUAUAAAUCAUAUGAAAUCCUUCUUUUCUUCCUUAAAAUAGAAAACAAAUCAAAUUUAUAAUAAUUUUUCCAGUAAUUUUUUUUAGUAAGCUUCAAGUUUGAAACAGUUUCAUGGGAUCCAAAUCAGAUUAUGAAUGGAUUAGUUUCCUAUAACUGAUAAAUCUGGAUUUGUACUCUGAAUACAACAUAUACAUUGUGAUCUUUUCCCAGAUAACAACAUAUAAAUUCAAAUCUAUACCCAGAUGACAGUGCAUAAAGCAAAGUUUAUACCCAGACUCUGAAUUAUGUUAAAAAGUUCAAAUUCUCUUCCACUACAUUUCCUUAUUUGCUUACUAAUAAGAAAGUUAUGUCUUAUAUAUGUGUACAAGACAACUUUUAUCAUAUGAUUUUUAUUUACCUGUAACCAUUGUCAUGUCUGUUUUCUUAAUAUCAGAGGGUUUUGUCCCCUUGUAGUUGGCAUGGGUGGGAUAGAUGGAAUGGGUUAUUUUCCUUCAUUCUUGACCCAGCCUCAGGUGUGCAUGAUUACAAUUUCAGAUCUAUCUUAGUAACAACCUACAUCAAAUAUUGGAAGUUUAAUUAAGAUUAAGUCCAUAGUUUGGUUUGGCUUGUUCAAUCUCUAGUUCUCAUCAAAUGUCUAAUUGUUGGUAUAUCAAUUGUACCAGACUGAUUUUGAAUUACAAACCUUUAUUUCUAAACUAAUUGUAAUAAUGUUCUUUAUUCACUCAGCUACUGGUGCACAAACAGUCCAGUUUGGAAUGAUGUAGACAUCCAGGAAUAAGACACCUGAUGGUUAUUGGAGAUCAAACAUAGUGUAAACAUAGCACAAUAAAUAAGGGUUGACAAUAUAGAAAAUAAUUAUAAUGUCCUAAAUACUUAUUGCCAAGUCUUCCUUUUGACCCCCCACCCACAUACUUCAACUCACAGCUCAGGCCUGUUGCCAGACUUUGGUGCCUUGGGGAGCUUCAGAAUAUUCUGGGUGAUCACAAAUUAGUGAUAAUGUUAAAGUGGAGUUUCAAAAUAAGUGUAUCACUGUAAAUCUGAAGAAGCACCAUUGAAUAGUGAGGGGGCAGUGCUGUCCAGAGCACCCCCUUAGUGAAGGGCAGGACACAGCUACCUUCCAGUCACAAAUUGCUAUCACAGAUCAUUCAUUCACAUGAUACACCAACUGUCUUUAGUUCCAAAUACAUUCUCAGCUACCCAGUAACCAAUCAAUCAUUCUUUGAAGUUAAAUAUUGCAUAUUCAGUUAAAAAUUACUCUUGUUAUUCCUCUUCAGUUGCUGCUAUUUCCCUCUGUUUACUAUUCUUGGUCAUUCACAUCUCAUAUAGCCUCUGCCUUUAUUUCUAGAGAGAGAUUGUUGUUGUUGAUAAUGUUGUUAAUUCUCUGAAACUCUUCCAUUCCUCUUCCAACUUAGCCACUAUGCUAUCACUUGCUUCAUUUGAAGCACUAAUUACAUCGCCUUGGUAACAAAACCUGUCUACAAUUUGCAGCUGGUAUAAAUAUAAACCAUCUUACUUGAGUACUAGGUACCAAGUAGGGUGGAUAUAACAUAAAAAAAUAGUAGUAGGGGUAUGUUUCAGUGAAUGGAAUUACACUGAAGAAUAUAUUUGAAACUGAAAAUUUGACCUUCCAGAUUCUAAAAAUGAAUGUAAAAUAAAAAAGACAAAAAAAAUUAACCCCAAAUUUUCAUGGAAACACAAAACCCUUGCCCAGAUAAAUCAUCGAUUCUAACCAAAGACAAUGAAAACAAAAAGAAAAAAAACCCUUAAUUUAAAUCCUUUCUUUGAAUCUUUGCAAUAAGGGUUUUUGUUUGUUUUUAUUAAAGGAAAAAUUAUAUUUCAUAUCUAAACAGAUGAAUACAUGUGAAAAAAAGAUGUGCGAGAGAGAGAGAGAGAGAAAGUAUAAUGUGUAUGUGAGGUUAUCUGUUGUUGUUUUCAUUAUGGUAUACCAAAGUACCAAAUUGUAUUGUUGAACUUUCAAUGUGUUAUGAAACAGAUUGGCUUCAAUUGUUUUGUGAAAGUUUCAAUCUUUACCUCACCAUUUACAAGUGAUGUGUUAUGAUCAGAUCAGUGUGACAUUUGCAAAUAUAAGUAAAACAAUUUCAUAUCAAAGUUA